AUGGGCAUAAAACGAGAAGCCACGGUAGCACAAGCUAUUAUGAGAGAUAAAAGGAGGAGAAGUUAUCGUUCUUUGGUUCUUAGGGAAAUUGAGGCAGAAAUGGAGGCUGUUCGGAGGAAGUUAAGAGUGGAGGAUGAGGAUGUAAAUAUGUGGAGGGAUGGGUCAGGGUACAAACAAAAAUUCUCAAUGCAUGAUACUUGGAUGUUGCUUCAUUCGCAAAAGGAGAGAUGUAGUUGGUCUAGGAGUAUUUGGUUCUCAAAGGCGACUCCUAAGUAUGCGUUUGUUUCAUGGCUGGCUGCUCGGAACAGACUUUCAACUAUGGACAGAAUCGUUCAGUGGGAACCUGGUGCGGACACAGCUUGUAUGUUGUGUAAAAGGGAUUUGGAGUCUCGGAACCAUUUAUUCUUUGAAUGUUCCUUCUCUAGUCAGCUGUGGGAGCAGUUAACUAAGGGGAUUCUGUGUGGCAAUUACACAAAUGUUUGGUCGAGCAUUUUGGAGACCAUAUCGGAUGAGGGCAUGGAAAGGAAGAAGAGGUUUUGUCUGUGCUAUGCUUUGCAAAUUUCUUUGCAUACUUUGUGGAGGGAGAGAAAUAGGAUCAAACAUGAAGAGAAGCCUAUUCCUAUUGAAGCUAUUAUAAAAAUGGUGGAUAAAAGUAUAAGAAACAAGCUGAGCAUUAUGAGGUCCAAAGGAGUAAAAAGGGUGGGAAAGUGGCUUGCAGUUUUGGUUUAG